GGGAGAGCGGAUAUAGUGGAUGCAGGGUCCGGGAGAGUGGAUAUAGUGAAUGCAGGGUCCGUGGAGAGCGGAUAUAGUGAAUGCAGGGUCCGGGAGAGUGGAUAUAGUGAAUGCAGGGUCCGUGGAGAGCGGAUAUAGUGAAUGCAGGGUCCGUGGAGAGUGGAUAUAGUGAAUGCAGGGUCCGGGGAGAGCGGCGGCUAUAGUGGAUGCGGGGUCCAGGGAGACCAGAUAUAGUGAAUGCAGGGUCCGGGGAGACCAGAUAUAGUGAAUGCAGGGUCCGGGGGGGGGGGGGGGGGACCAGAUAUAGUGGAUGCAGGGUCCAUGGGGGGACCAGAUAUAGUGGAUGCAGGGUCCGGGGGGGACCAGAUAUAGUGAAUGCAGGGUCCGGGGGGGACCAGAUAUAGUGGAUGCAUGGUCCGGGCCUGCAGAAGUACAUGGAUUUGGGAUCAUGGGGUCUGUAUAUAAAACGUAUGCA